AUGGCCGAAAUGAGCUUGUUAGCUCCCUUGGAGCAGCUUCGCGACUUGAUCAAUACUUCAAUUGGUGUUCUACAGAAGAACGAGAAAGAACUCCAAGAGACACCAUUCUCUUCAAUCGCUCUUGAAUUGCAUCCCGUUCAUCAGUCGACCAAUAUCGAAGUCAGGAAGGCAUUGAAGACGAUUGCGAGCUCUUCACAAAUGCUACGUGCACUUACCGACCCGCACACUUUUUUGAAUGACAUAUUUAUGGGUUUUCAUGAUGGCACAGCCCUUCUCGUCUGUGUAGAGGCCAACGUCGCAAACAUCAUUGGGGGCACGGAGAUGCACAUUGAUGAUGUUGCCACCAAGGCAGAAAUAGAGAGUGACAAACUGGCUCGUUACAUGCGCAAUCUCUGCAACAGUCACGUCUUUCGCGAGGUCUCCCAGGAUGUCUUUGCAAACACAUCCUUGUCUGGGUUACUCCGCGAAGAGGGAAAGCGAGCACAUGUGGCUCAUUGCCUCGAUUUGGUUCGCAAGAGCUCCUGCAGGGCUUGGGAUGCCUUGAAGCUCCCUGAGUUCCGGAAUUCAGAUGCUCCUGACAAGACGGCCUUUAAUCUGGCUUACAACACCAAGCUGAAGAUCUUCCAAUACCUCUCUGAGGUUGAGCCAGAGAUUGGAAAGCGCACAAAGCUGGCUUUUGCUAGUGGAACUAAGGUCAAUACUGACGAGUUCCUUGGCGUGUACCCGUGGGCGAUGGAAGGCAACGCUAAGAUUGUCGAUAUCGGUGGCGGAGUUGGUGGGGGAACUAUGCCCGUCAUCAAAGCGUUCAAGGAUCUCAAACUUGUCGUGCAAGACAUACCUGAUACCCGGUCCAACUUUGAAAGAGUAUGGAAUGAAGAUUGCCCAGAGGCCAUUCGUGACGGCCGUGUGAAAUUCGCUGUCCAUGAUUUCUUCACUCCGCAGACUGAAGAGGCCAACAUCUAUUUCAUGCGACAUGUAAUUCAUGACUGGCCGGACGCCGAGUGUGUGAAGAUAUUGGAAAAUACCGCAGCCAAGAUGACCUCUUCUACCAAGCUGCUCAUUUGUGAGCACGUUGUCCUACCGUCGUACCGACUUCCUCCAACCGCGAACCUUGCGACGGGUUCUGCCAGAGAUGAUUUCGCCGCACCCGAGCCACUCCUUGCCAACUGGGGUGCCGCACACACAAGCCGUUUAGACUUGCAAGUCUUGGCUUGUCUUAAUGCACGACAGCGUACGCAGGCUCAGUACGUAGCGCUGGUUCAGCAAGCAAGGCUGGAAGUGGUUAAAUUUUGGAGGAACAUGGGGCCCUUGGUUAUUAUAGAAUGCCGGAAGCUCUGA